GAAAAUACGUUUAUGCCCCUAUUUUAAAAAAAAUCACAUAACUGCCAUCUUCUAUUACAGAGAUAUUACAGGAGCCGUGUCUGUGCGAGAUGAAUGGGACGGUGUUGUGAAAGCUAGGUUUGCAGCGGCAAGAAUUAGGGAGACAUCUGUUGUGCAGAAUAGGAGGUUCCAGUUCCCGAAAGAAGGUGUUGAGCUCGAGGGUGAAAAACAGGGGCCUCAAGCUGAAUCUCUCUAAUACAAGCUUCUUGGAGGGCUUGCUGUCAGAAGGACAGAUUGCUUGUUAGCUGUGUUGGAUUUGUAAUGGAUGAUAAUGAUGACUUUACUUUCUGUAAGGUACCGGGUCCGGUCAAUGUAGAAGUUUUUGAAGCACAUAAAACUGUUCCAGAUGUUGGAAAUAUUAAUCUGAAUGAUGAACCGAGAAAAGGCGGUCCAACUGAUGAUACUAGUGGUGCUAUUUUAAAAAAUGACGCGACUGCUGCAAAAGCAUCAAAAGAUGUAGAAAGUUCACCGAGUGCAUCACAGGAGCUGAAAACUGUAGUGAAGAAGCCUGCACCUAGGGCCAAGGUUCCUUUUGAGAAGGGUUAUAGUCAAAUGGACUGGCUUAAACUUACUCAAACACAUCCGGACUUAGCAGGGUUGAAGGGACAGUCAAAUAAGAGGCUAAUUACACUGAAAGAAGUGAAGCUGCACAAAACAGAAGAAGACUCCAUGUGGACUGUUCUUAAUGGUCGUGUCUACAAUAUAACUCCGUAUAUGAAGUUCCAUCCGGGAGGUGUCGAUUUCUUAAUGAAGGCUGUUGGAAAAGAUUGUACUGCUUUAUUCAAGAAAUACCAUGCCUGGGUGAAUGCUGACUUCUUGCUGGAGAAGUGUCUGGUCGGUGUUUUAGAUGAUAGCCAGUAAAGGUCGCCUUUUCAUAAAAAAUGAGAGACCGGUUGUAAGUCUUUUGUCCAUUCAUGGGAUACAUACAUAGCUUUAGCAAAAACACAUGUGACUCGCCUCUGCCGGGCGUCUCCACCAAUUUUUUUUGGUGAAUAUUACCCAAGAUGUCCAUUAUGACCAGGACCAGCAUCCUUGGAUUGGAGGCAAGCUUUUGAUUUUCAGGUUCUGUUGUGAUACAUUUUUUAAAUCAUUGUAACAAAUUAUAAUUAAACUAUUAAGAUUAUCAUUAUAUAUGUCCUGGCAGAAGUUUAAGCCUUAUCAUCUCAUUUUUCCUAUUAGGUCGUGUUAUGCUACCACGCA